AUGCGAUCCUGCGCAGCUCUGUCCGGGCCGCUGCUGGCCCUCCUGCUUCCUACGUGGGCCCUAGCCGGCGCCAGCUCCAAGCAGAAGGUCUGCAGACAAGAUGAAAACCUGGUACAGCUCUCUGGUGGGAAGUUCCAAAUGGGGACAAGCUUAUUCGAUAACAAAAGUGAAGACGGGCCCCCCAGGGAGGUGACGGUCAAGCCAUUUCUGAUGGACAAAUAUCCAGUCAGCAACAGAGAUUUCCGGGAGUUUGUGCAAGAUCAGAAGUACAAAACGGAAGCAGAGGAGUUUGGAUGGAGUUUCGUUUUUGAGGAUUUUGUACCUGAAAAUCUUAAGAAGAAAGUGACACAAAAACUGGAGUCUGCACCUUGGUGGCUUCCUAUAGAGAAAGCAUUUUGGAGACAGCCUGCAGGUCCUGGAUCUGGCAUCAAGGACAAGCUGGACUACCCAGUGUUGCACGUGAGCUGGAAUGACGCCAGAGCCUUUUGCGCAUGGAAAGGGAAGAGGCUUCCAUCAGAAGCGGAGUGGGAGUUUGCCGCCCGGGGAGGACUGGAGAACAGGCUGUAUCCUUGGGGAAACAAAUUCCUGACAAACCGCACAAACCUGUGGCAGGGCAACUUCCCCGACGCGGACACAGCUGAAGAUGGCUACCACGGAGUUUCCCCAGUGGCAGCAUUCCCUCCGCAAAACAGCUAUGGGAUCUGUGACCUGCUAGGAAAUACAUGGGAAUGGACUGCCUCAGCCUAUCGCCCUCCCGGACGCACAUCCCGCCAGCCUGCUCAGGAGAUGCGUGUCCUGCGGGGAGCUUCUUGGAUCGACACGGUGGACGGGACGGCCAAUCACAAAGCUCGGGUGACCACAAGGAUGGGGAACACACCAGACUCUGCCUCAGACAACCUGAGCUUCCGUUGUGCUGCCAGCCUGGAAAGUGUGAGCAAAAACACAGAACUCUGAAGGGGAUUGUCUUCAAACAAGAGCCUUGGAUCUUUUCUCCUGUGGAGAACCGUCAUGAGAGCGGUGGAUUUUAGGGCUGGAUCAAGAUUCUGCUGCUCCUAAUUGGGACCAAAGACUAGCAUGCAAUAAUGGAAAUGUUUCCAUUGGUUGUAACAUGGACAUCAGCAUUCUAGGCAGUAACACUGUGGAAAGAUACCAGAAACAGAUCAUGGCCGCCAGGUCUGUUUCUGUGGCUCAGGAGCAGAACGAUGUAUUAAAGAAAUUCCAGCUUC